UUGGAUGCAUAAUGCUUAAUAUAAAUUUAUCAGUCAGCCUGAGAGUGAAAUAAGCAAUAGGUAAAGUGAAGUGAUCAGUAGGAAAAAGAAGAUGGAUCGUGGGAGGUCGAUUACUCUAUCUGUGCUUUUUCUGUUCAUCUGUGGAUCCAUAACUCUUAUCCAGGCGAAGAGUUCGAAGGAAGAUUUGAAAGAGAUAACCCAUAAGGUGUAUUUCGAUGUUGAUAUUGCCGGAAAACCUGCCGGUCGCAUUGUCAUGGGUCUCUUUGGGAAGGCUGUUCCUAAAACAGCAGAAAACUUCCGUGCACUCUGUACUGGCGAAAAGGGUGUUGGUAAGAGUGGGAAACCACUUCAUUACAAGGGGAGCACAUUCCACAGAAUUAUUCCCAGUUUUAUGAUCCAAGGAGGUGAUUUUACACUUGGUGAUGGAAGAGGUGGUGAAUCAAUUUAUGGAGAGAAGUUUGCUGAUGAGAAUUUUAAGCUCAAGCAUACUGGACCAGGUUUUUUAUCGAUGGCAAAUGCUGGUUCUGACACAAAUGGUUCACAAUUUUUCAUCACAACUGUGACAACUAGCUGGUUGGAUGGCAGACAUGUUGUAUUUGGAAAGGUUCUUUCUGGGAUGGAUGUAGUUUACAAGAUGGAAGCUGAAGGAAAGCAGAGUGGCACCCCUAAGAGCAAGGUUGUGAUUGCAGACAGUGGCGAACUCCCGCUGUAAUUGGCUCCUUUUGCUCUUGUUUUUUUAAUGUAACUGAUUAAAUUUAUGUUUUUCCUUUUUUCCGGCAAAUACUUUUUUAGUUCUGUUGGUUAGUGCCAGAAAUUAGCUAUCAUAAUGAAUGAAGAAAGAAUUAUCUAUCAUAAA